UCGGUUCCAUUAUUUCGUGUAUUCUUUUAGUCAUCUCUUGGAGCCCAAGCAUUAUUCCCCACCCUCAUCUAUUGUGCGUGCAUAUGUAUAUAAAUCCGAUCUCAAACUUAUUCUGGCCUACUCGAUCUCUCCUGCAAAACCAAUAAUCAGACGAAAGGAAGAUGGGUGAGAGGAAGAUGAUGCAGCGAGAGAGAAAGCAGGGUCGCCGUAAAAAAGUAGCAACGCCAACUCCCAAUCGAAAAAAUCGGCGAUGGUGGUGUUACUCAUUGCCUCGCCCUAAUCUUCCCUUCGAGACGGAUAAUUCGAGAAUGGUUUUAGAAAGCAUUGGCGGAUCGGGCGGCGUCACCAAGUCGUGGAGAUCAUCGCCAUCAUCUUGUCUUCUUCUUUCCACAUCUGCCGCCGCAGUGUAUCCGCCGCCGCUUGUGGAAAGGAAUGUUCCUUCUUCGCAUGUCGGAGAGCCCGAACCUUAUUUUCAUUACUGGGCAGAUUCACAUUGGGACUUCACAAUUCCCUUCAAAUCUGCCAAGUGUUCGGUCGUGAAGGUCAAUCAGGGCCGCGAAAAUAGCUACACGGUCCCUGCUUUUACAUUCCGCAGAGAUAAGGACCGGUGUCGUUAUUAUGACAGCUACACAGUGCCAAGGCGCUGGACAAUGAAAGACUGCAAGGUGAUUGAUCCUUAUUCAUCAAGUAGUGAUCAUCCAUAUCUGGAGUUCACAAAUUUUAUUAUACUUGAAGGAAAAUACUAUGCAAUCAGCCGGCAGGGGUGUCUCGCAGUUAUUGCCAAGAACAGUACAGGUGAUUUCGAGAUUACUGCAUUAGGAAGUAAUCGAGUUGUUCCUUCCAAAGCAUCAAGGCUCUUCAGGGAGUUCUUGCUGCAUUACAAAGGAGAAAUCUUUGUAGUUUUUUUAAUAUCAUGGAGAGGCGGAUCAUCUGGCAAUGUGGUGGAUGAUGUCGAAGUUUUACAAUUGGAUAAAUCGAGAUUGGCUUUUAGAAAGGUGGAGAAGCUAGGAGAUACAAUGUUUUUCUUGGAAGAUAAAUAUUGCAUGGCAUUUUCUGCAAGUUUAAUUGGUUGCCACAAGGGGAGAAAUUGUGUUUAUUUUAUCACUAGUGCUCAUGAUGAUGGAGAUGAAGUUGAAAAGCACACUUGGUUUGUUUACAACUUGAAGACAGGUUGCAUUUCACCUACACAUGGACUUGAAAUUGACCCACCAUUAAUUUGAUAUAAUUUAUUAUCUCAUCGCAGUAGUAUAUGGAUAUCUGUAAAUGAUGAAAUUCACCUGCACAUGCUUGUUUUUCACCUACACAUGCUUGUUUUCGUUUUCAUUUUGUUGUGUCUAGUUAAAUGAUGAACAUUUUUCCAUUGUGAAAUAUGAAAACUUCUAGAUGUCA